UGCGGCCCGGGAACCCUGGGCUGCUGGCGCCUGCGCAGAGGCCUCUGUCUCAGGGAAAGGCUCAGGCAAAAGGCGGCUGAGAUUGGCAGAGUGAAAUAUUGCUGCCGGGGAAACGUAGCAGAGCACACGUCUCUCCCUUUGCGCCUGGGUGCUCCGUUUCUCCCAUCACCUACUUCCUGGUUGCAACCUCUCUCCCUCUGUGACUUUUGCACCGGGAGCUUCAGAUUCGCUACGCUGCAGCGCUGCAGUGGCACCCGGUGCACUGCAGAGACCCGACCCUCCUCGCUGCUUCCACUCGGAGGAGCUGCGGGCUGCUGGUUCUCCCUUGCAAAGCAGAGCUCCGCGGCUGUCUCCGCAUCUGACCUCUCUGCAGAGCUGCAGUCGGCCACCCCGAGAGCUUGCGGCUGAGGGAUACCCCGGAUCCUGAUUGAGAGUUUCAGGGUCCCUUCCCCGCUCUCAGCCAGUGCCUGCCCAGCAGGGAACAGCGGCAAGCGUAGUCUCCAGUUUGCUUGGAGUUCCGGUUUGAAUGACCGCUGUCGACCAGUGAAGACAUGACGACCCUGGACUCCAACAACAACACAGGUGGUGUCAUCACCUACAUCGGUUCCAGCAGCUCCUCCCCAAGCCGAACCAGCCCUGAGUCCCUGUACAGUGACAGCUCCAAUGGCAGCUUCCAGUCCCUGACCCAAGGCGGCCUCACCACCUACUUCCCACCCUCGCCCACCGGUUCCCUCACCCAGGACCCAGCUCGCUCCUUUGGAGGCAUCGCACCCAGCCUGAGCGAGGAUGGUUCCCCCUCUUCCUCCUCUUCCUCGUCUUCAUCCUCCUACAAUGGGAGCCCCUCGGGGAGUCUGCAAGUGGCCGUGGAGGACAGCAGCCGAGUGUCCCCCAGCAAGAGCACCAGCACCAUCACCAAACUCAACGGCAUGGUGCUCCUGUGUAAGGUGUGUGGGGAUGUAGCCUCCGGCUUCCACUAUGGUGUGCACGCCUGUGAGGGUUGCAAGGGCUUUUUCCGUCGCAGCAUUCAGCAGAACAUUCAGUACAAAAGGUGUCUGAAAAACGAGAACUGCUCCAUCAUCCGCAUCAACCGCAACCGCUGCCAGCAGUGUCGCUUCAAAAAGUGUCUCUCCGUGGGCAUGUCUCGAGACGCUGUGCGUUUUGGGCGUAUCCCCAAACGAGAGAAACAGCGCAUGCUGGCAGAGAUGCAGAGUGCCAUGAACCUAGCCAACAACCAGUUGAGCAGCCAGUGCCCGCUGGAGACCUCACCCCCCCAGCACCCCACCUCUGGCCCCCUGGGCCUCUCGCCAUCUCCUGCUGCGGCCCCCUCCCCCCUGGUGGGCUUCUCCCAGUUCCCACAGCAGCUGACACCGCCCAGAUCACCCAGCCCCGAGCCCACAGUGGAGGAUGUGAUAUCCCAGGUGGCCCGGGCCCAUCGAGAGAUCUUCACCUAUGCCCACGACAAGCUGGGAACCUCACCGGGGAACUUCAACACCAACCACGGGUUGGGUAGUCCAGCUACCACCCCACAGCGCUGGGAGAGUCAGUGCUGCCCUCCUGUCCCCAAUGACAACAAUGCCUCUGCCAUCCAGCAUCACAACGAGGCCCUAAAUGGUCUACGACAGCCGCCUUCCUCCUACCCUCCCACCUGGCCGUCCGGCUCUGCCCCUCACAACUGCCACCAGCCCAACAGCAACGGGCACCGACUCUGCCCCCCCAACAUGUUUGCAGCCCCAGAAGGGGAGGUUCCUGCCAGCAGUCCCCGACAAGAGGGCUCCAAGAACGUCCUGCUGGCGUGCCCCAUGAACAUGUACCCCCACGGUCGCAGCGGCCGGACCGUGCAAGAGAUCUGGGAGGAUUUCUCUAUGAGCUUCACGCCUGCUGUGCGAGAGGUAGUUGAGUUUGCCAAGCACAUCCCAGGCUUCCGUGACCUUUCUCAGCAUGACCAGGUUACCCUGCUGAAGGCUGGCACUUUCGAGGUGCUGAUGGUGCGUUUCGCGUCGCUCUUCAACGUGAAGGACCAGACCGUGAUGUUCCUGAGCCGCACCACCUACAGCCUGCAGGAGCUGGGCGCCAUGGGCAUGGGAGACCUGCUGAGUGCCAUGUUUGACUUCAGCGAGAAGCUCAACUCCCUGGCGCUCACCGAGGAGGAGCUGGGCCUCUUCACCGCUGUGGUGCUGGUCUCAGCAGACCGCUCGGGCAUGGAGGACUCCGCUUCGGUGGAGCACCUCCAGGAGACGCUGCUGCGGGCUCUUCGGGCUCUGGUGCUGAAGAACCGGCCCUCGGAGACGUCCCGCUUCACCAAGCUGCUGCUCAAGCUGCCGGACCUGCGGACCCUGAACAACAUGCAUUCCGAGAAGCUGCUGUCCUUCCGGGUGGACGCCCAGUGACCCGCCCGGCCGGCCUUCUGCCGCUGCCCCCUUGUACAGAAUCGAACUCUGCACUUCUCUCUCCUUUACGAGACGAAAAGGAAAAGCAAACCAGAAUCUUAUUUAUAUUGUUAUAAAAUAUUCCAAGAUGAGCCUCUGGCCCCCUGAGCCUUCUUGUAAAUACCUGCUCCCCUCCGCCCCCCAGGCCCCAGCUUCCCGGUCUCCCCUAUUUAAACGGCUCUGGCUCUCCCACCCGGUCCCUGGCCCUCCCCUCCAAUUUGCUCUGUUCCUGUCUCAAAUCCAAUAGUUCACAGCUGA